GCUGCUCCUUACUAGUUGUUCUGCACAUCCUCUUUCCCCUUAUUGCUAUCGACGCUCAUGAUCAGAGCCUUAUCACGGACUAAGAGUUGCGAGUGAUAGCCCGUUGCAAGUCGCUUAGCAUAACCGAUGGUCUGAGCGGAUCCGUUGACUUCGAUCAUCUGUGCGUCACCCCGGGUUUCUGCGACAUCGCUCAGCCUGGGUUCCCAACCUCCCGGUAACAUCACUUCUACCUGCGCACGACGAGACAAGCCUUUACGAUUGUCAAGAUCUUGCAGUCAAGCGGUGUUGUCGAAAAUGACUUCGAUUGAAGCUCCGCCUAGGCCCCAGGACAGACAUGGCCGACGCCGACCCUUUACGACCUGGAUGCGCCGACUAGCAAACCUCAAGACCCUACAUGUCGAUUCCAACGAACCUAGUGGCGGGCCUCGACGGACUACACUGCCCAUGACUGGCAAGUCCAAGAAAGGAAACAUGCUGAAGAAUAAUCCAUAUCCUCUAUCAUCGAGGGCAGAACCUCAGAAUAACGGAGGGCUAUCGUUCUCCACGCCAUUAUCGUCCCAAAGAUCCAGGCACAGCUCGCUCUCACAGAGCAAACACUCGAUGUCCAUAUCUCACGACAGCCAGACAUUCAACAAGUCAAGAGCCCCUACGCUAGCUACGCAGGCAGAGACAGCAAUAUCAGACGCGGCCCCUUCAGGUGCUGGGACAAGUGCUACAGCCCCGAAAACUGAUGGCGGCAGGGACAGCACAUUCUCGUCUCCUGCGCCAUCCGUACGGUCAAUGACCACCACGCUUACGACUGUCCAAUCGAUUGCGCCGGCACACAAUCACCCAACAGCUCAAGUUCCCACACAUAGCACAUCGGCAAGCAAUCCCACCUCACACAUUGGCAUUCAACCGGCCACCGCGGUCCCAGCACACUUGGCGCCUCAUGGACAUCCGACGACCUACCACUCUGCGACUGCCAACAACGUCCUCUCGGAUGAUGCCUCAAUCCUCACAUUGGCCUCUUCCUCCAAGAGGCGCCGACGCAACUCGGUGGACACAAAUGCGUCCAUGAAGGCACUCGCGCCCGGGUCAAUGUUCGGUGGUAGCCGCGAAUCCCUUCCUCUAUCCGUUCUUUCAGGAACAGUCAUUCACUCAGGUGCAGACAACGCCUCACUUCGAGAUGCCAGCGGCGCCGCGUAUCAGCGAUCAAACAUCAACGCCGAACGAGCCAGCUUGAUAUCCGCAUCAGGCAUCACAGCGCCAGCAUUGGCCAGCGAGCGCAACAGCUACAUUGGCAGCAAGUACGGCGACGCGGCGAGUGUGCGCAGUGGAUUGCUCGGUGCAGGGCAUGGUCGAAAUGACAGUAUCAGUGGGAGCAUCGGUCAAAGAGAAAAGGAUAAGGACAAGGAGCGAGAAGGUGGUAUGGUCACUGCCCCUACCAGUCCCUUGCUCGACGGACCAGGAGUAGGCACGCAAUACACAACCGCGCUUGGAGAUGUUUCGGAGGCACUGGACCAUGAGAAGGCCGAUUGAAUGAGCGUUAGAUGAUCAUGAGCAUGGCGUUGAUGUUGCAGGAAAUUGCUCUAUGCAUGGCGGCUGGAGCCUCUGAUGAUUGCAAAAAGGACUUCCCAAUCGGUUUUGUGGAUCAGUAAUGCUGGUAUAGGGCGCUCAUGGAGUGUGACUUGACAAGAACUGGAUAAGGCAAUUGUGAUGCAUAUGAUACCCCCCUGGAAAUCCAACACGGAAUGGACACCGCUUGUACAUGGCGUACAUCUGACUUCUAAAUCAUAAUGAAAAGAAUAGUGUCCUUG